AAGAGAAUUUGAAAGAAGUAGAAACCCAAAUCCGGACGCAAGGGAAGGGAAUGGAAUGGAAUUAUGUGAUGAUCAAUCGUAAUCCCGUAUAUAUCUCCGACUCCAACAAUAUGGGCGACCCAUCUCUGUCUCUAUCUCUAUCUCUAUCUCUCUCAAGAGAGAGAGGUUCUUGUUUCAUCAGAUUUUGAAUUGCUUCAUAAAUCAUAAACCCAGAGUAUCUUUUUGAUUGUUGAAAGUUAAGGGUAAAGAGUGAAGAAAUAAUCAUCAAUUAUGUUGGGGUUGGAUGAUAUAAUCGAUGAUUAUUCCAGUUUAAGUAGCGAAAGAAGAUGGUUCAUAUCGGCUUUUGGCGGCAUCAUCAUGUGUAAACUUUCUUAUGAAUUUACAGGAAUAGUUACACCCUUUAUCUUCAAAGAUUUUACCAAACUCAACAAGGCACAAAAACUUGAAUGGAAGAACAGGGGAUUUUCCACCUUCCAUGCACUUUUUGUGGCCAUUGCUUCUCUUUACUUUUUGCUGAUUUCAGAUCUUUUUGAUGAAAAUGUCCACGAGGAGUUUAUCGUUUACAGAAAGUCAACGUUAUCUGAGACCAUACUCGGGAUGUCUUCCGGUUAUUUUUUGUCUGACGUGGCCAUGAUUAUCUGGACUUAUCCAACUUUAGGUGGUCUUGAAUAUGUGUUACACCAUGGGCUCUCAAUGUUUGCAAUCAUGCAAUCCAUUUUAACUGGUGAAGCCGAAUACUACAUCUUCAUGGUUCUUUUCACCGAAAGUACAACGCCUUUUGUGAACUUAAGAUGGUAUUUUGAUGUUGCUGGUAUGAAGUCUACAAAGCGUUAUGUGUGGAACGGUAUUGCAAUGUUCUUAGGGUGGCUGGUUGCAAGAAUCGUGUUGUUUGGCUUCUUUUUUUACCACAUGUAUAACCACAUUGAUCAGGUGAGACGGUUGCAUAUGGUCACCUUUUACGGGUUGCAUAUAAUUCCACCCGUGUUGGCGAUCAUGAAUUUGUUGUGGUUCUUUAAAAUCGCGAAAGGGAUGGUAAGAACACUCAGGAAAAACAAGACUCACACCAGCUGAUUUCUACUUUGUGUUCUAACUUGGUACAAAAGGAAAGGGUAAUUAUGUAAUUAUUACAUUCUGUGUAGUUCAAAUUGUCUAUAGUUUUAUUCUCAUCUUUAAGCCAUCUUUUUUUCAUUAUGGCUCACAGAAUUGCUACAUAUAUAUCCCACUUUGUUUAUAACAAUUGGAAUGUUUAUUAUCAA